AUGAACGAGUCUCCUGCUCGCCGAUCUAGUUUUGGAGGAAUGUUACUACGCAGGACCAAGAGUGGCGACAUGAAGAAGCAGCAACAGCAGGCCAAAACGCAAGACAUGCAACGCCUGCGCGAUGCCUCUGCUGCGCUUCCGCAGUCCCCCCCUCGACUGCCAGCCCUUUACAAUGGAGCCCCCGCUCUCCAGCUAGGGCUCGGAACCGAAGUUCGUCCCGAUUCACUCGCAAUCAUCUCAGGAACCACGGGCUCAGCCGGCGCCGAACACUCAUCUAAUUACUCUAUAUCUUCUACUGCUCGCCCAUCCAUGGAGGCUCCACGCUCAGCAUACAACGUCCCUCCGCCUCCUCCCAUUCCCAACGGCUUCGACCCUUAUGCCAAUGCUACCAGUAUGGCGCAUCGUGGACGUUACAGCUAUGCUAGCAGUGCAGUCAGCACAAUCAACAGCCCCAGAAGAGUCCGCAGAAGAAAGGAUCCGACUGCCUUCAAUGUCCUUGUUGUUGGUGCCAGCAACUCGGGGAAAACAUCCUUCUUGGAGUUCCUCAAGAGUGCCUUGGCACUACCCAAAAAGCGAGGAAAGCCCGUUGACCAGCACGAGCACUCUCCGAAACCCUCACCGUCCGGCAACUUCAUUCCGCAUUAUCUCGAAACCGAGUUCGACGGCGAGCGCGUCGGAUUGACAUUGUGGGAUUCGGAGGGGCUCGAAAAGAAUGUCGUUGAUCUGCAGCUCCGCGAACUGUCGAGCUUCCUGGAGAGCAAGUUUGAGGAAACGUUUGUUGAGGAGAUGAAGGUCGUGAGAUCGCCUGGUGUACAGGAUACCCACAUCCACGCCGUCUUCCUCCUCCUCGACCCCGCACGACUUGAUCGGAACGUCGCAGCCAGCUGGGCCGGCGCUGGGAAUAUGUAUCUCAAUGGUGUCAGGAACCCUCCCUACUCUCGUAUCGUGGGAGCAUUGGACGAAGACCUCGAUCUACAAGUCAUGCGAACACUCACCGGAAAGACCACGGUGAUUCCGGUUAUAGCCAAGGCUGAUACCAUCACGACGAAACACAUGAGCGUACUGAAGAGGGCAGUCUGGGAUAGCCUUAAGAGAGCCAACCUGGAUCCGUUGCAGGCCCUUGGACUGGACGACGAAGAUGACGACGAUUCCUCCGACCGCAUCGACGAAGAAGAUGAGAAUGCCGUGUUCGAUCACAGUGACGCCGAGGAGGCUGUUGGUGGCGAAGACCGCCCCAGCGCAAAGCAUGGGUCUUCACCUAGCUCUAACAGACACUCUAACGGCUCCGUUCGUCGUCACAAGGCUUCCGAGGAGACUUCUACCGAGGAUGAGAUUCCCUUCGUCCCUAUGUCGAUCGUCAGCCCAGACCUCUAUGAGCCGAGCGUCAUCGGCCGCAAGUUCCCCUGGGGCUUUGCGGAUCCCUACAGUGAAGAGCACUGCGACUUUGUUCGUCUUAAGGAUGCCGUCUUCAACGAGUGGCGUUCCGAUUUGCGGGAGGCCAGUCGGGAACAGUGGUACGAGAACUGGAGGACGAGCAGGCUGAAGCAACACGGCGCAAAGAUCCGUUAG